ACGAUCCAUAUUUGUGUCGUUAAAGACUCGCGAGCAGCAAAUCUUCCAAUUAGAAAAGCGGCAAUUAGGGCUUUGCAUAUCGAAGCAGAUUACAGAGCAAAAAUGGCAUCUUUUGGCUCUCUAAAAUCUGCAAUCUACGAUAGAGAAGAGAGAAAACAGCAAUACCAAGCUCACAUUCGAGGCCUCAACGCCUACGAUCGGCACAAGAAAUUUGUGAAUGAUUAUGUUAGUUUCUAUGGGAAAGAGAAGUCUGCAAAUGUGAAGCUGCCAGUUAAAACGGAUCAGGACACGUUAAGAGAAGGAUACAGGUUUAUACGAACCGAGGAAGAUGACAUGGAUACAUCCUGGGAGCAAAGGCUAGUUAAGCGUUACUAUGAUAAGCUGUUUAAAGAAUACUGCAUAGCUGACAUGUCUCAAUACAAGAGUGGCAAGAUUGGUUUGAGAUGGAGAACAGAGAAGGAAGUCAUAUCUGGGAAAGGGCAGUUCAUAUGUGGUAACAAACAUUGUGAUGAGAAAGAUGGCUUGGCAAGCUAUGAGGUGAACUUUUCUUAUUUUGAAGCUGGUGAAAACAAGCAAGCCCUUGUGAAGUUGGUAACCUGUGAAAGAUGUGUGGAAAAGCUUAACUACAAAAAUAGGAAAGAAAAAGAAAAAUUAGAGAAAAGGGAUGAGGAAGAGCAUAAAAGAAAGAGGGAAAAAUCAAGAAUUGAUGAUGAUUCAGAUAAUGAAGGGAGCAGAGAGAAUAGGAAAAAAGGUAAACAGGCUUCAAUAUCAGGACAUGAUCAUAAAGCUGACGAUGAAAACUUCGAUGAAUUUCUUGAGGGAAUGUUUCCAUAGCGAGGUGGCUGCUGCCAUUCCUGAAGGUUAAUGAUCUUAUGUUCGACGAAAUACUAUUCUAAUUAAGACGCAAAUGGAACCCAAUUGAGCUGAAACAUAAAUGUUCCUUUUAUGCAGGAGCAUAUUGAUUUACCCUGUAAAGUUUCAUAGAAACAUUUUGUUUUAGUUUUAUUAGCAGAUUUUAAGGUGGGAAAAUGCACUACAUUAAGUCUUGGGAAGAAUGAAGUUUGCUCAAUGUAUUGGCUUUUCUAUCGAAGUAACAUCAGACUCCCAAUUGGGUUUGUCUUGCAU